AUGACAGUCCUUUCUUCUUGCUUUCAUUUACAACUUUCGUCUUGUUUUUUUCAAUACGUUCUCUUCGCGUUCCUUCUCUACGUUCUUCUCACAUUUCUUCUUCACAUUCUUCUUGCAUUCCUUCAUUACUUUCUUUUCGCAAUCCUUCUCUACGUUCUCCACUCCUUCCUUCUCUACGUUCUUCUCUCCUUCCUUUUCUACGUUCUCCUCUCCUUCCUUUUCUACGUUCUUCUCUCCUUCCUUUUCUACGUUCUUCUCUCCUUCCUUUUCUACGUUAUUCUCGCAUUCCUUCACUAUUUUCUUCUCACUUUCCUUCGCAGUCCUUUCUCUUCGCUUUCAAUUACAACUUUCGUCUUGCUUUUUUUCAAUACGUUCUUCUCGUGUUCCUUCUCUACAUUCUUCUUGCAUUCCUUUAUUACUUUCUUUUCGCAAUCCUUUUCUACGUUCUUAUCUCGUUCCUUUUCUACGUUUUCCACUCAUCCCUUCUCUACGUUCUCCAUUCGUUCCUUCUCUACAUUCUUCUCGCAAUCCUUCUCUCCAUACUUCUGGCUUUCCUUCUCUUCGUUCUUCUCGCUUUCCACUACUUUCUUCUCGAAUUCUUUCAACGCAUUCUUAUCAUUAUACAAACGUAAUUCGGCUUCUUGCUUUCUUUGCAUCCCUUCUACCUCUCUUAUUCAGUCUUUCUUUCUUUCUUUUUUGCAUCCCUUCUACCUCUCUUAUUCCGUCUUUCUUUCUUUCUUUUUUGCAUCCCUUCUACCUCUCUUAUUCAGUCUUUCUUUCUUUCUUUUUUGCAUCCCUUCUACCUCUCUUAUUCAGUCUUUCUUUCUUUCUUUUUUGCAUCCCUUCUACCUCUCUUAUUCAGUCUUUCUUUCUUUCUUUUUGCAUCCUUCUAUCUUAUUCAGUCUUUCUUUCUUUCUUUUUUGCAUCCCUUCUAACUCUCUUAUUCAGUCUUUCUUUCUUUCUUUUUUGCAUCCCUUCUACCUCUCUUAUUCAGUCUUUCUUUCUUUCUUUUUUGCAUCCCUUCUACCUCUCUUAUUCAGUCUUUCUUUCUUUUUUGCAUCCCUUCUACCUCUCUUAUUCAGUCUUUCUUUCUUUCUUUUUUGCAUCCCUUCUAACUCUCUUAUUCAGUCUUUCUUUCUUUCUUUUUGCAUCCUUCUACCUCUCUUAUUCUGUCUUUCUUUCUUUCUUUUUGCAUCCCUUCUACCUCUCUUAUUCAGUCUUUCUUUCUUUUUUUUGCAUCGCUUCUACCUCUCUUAUUCAGUCUUUCUUUCUUUCUUUUUGCAUCCCUUCUACCUCUCUUAUUCUGUCUUUCUUUCUUUCUUUUUGCAUCCUUCUAACUCUCUUAUUCAGUCUUUCUUUCUUUCUUUUUUUGCAUCCUUCUACCUCUCUUAUUUAGUCUUUCUUUCUUUCUUUUUGCAUCCCUUCUACCUCUCUUAUUCAGUCUUUCUUUCUUUUUUUGCAUCCCUUCUACCUCUCUUUAUUCAGUCUUUCUUUCUUUUUUUUUUGCAUCCUUCUAACUCUCUUAUUCAGUCUUUCUUUUCUUUUUUUGCAUCCCUUCUACCUCUCUUAUUCAGUCUUUCUUUCUUUUUUGCAUCCCUUCUGCCUCUAUUAUUCAGUCUUUCUUUACAUCACCUCUACCACUAUUAUUCAGUUAACUUGAAAGCUCCGGCCAGGGAACAAGUCAUAAAAGCGGCGGGAAAGGAAAUCACCCGUAGUGUCUUUGACGAAGCACAGAGAGAAAUCUAUGAAUUCAUGAUGCGAGACCCUUACGUUCGAUUCCUUCAAUCGGAAGCCUAUGCUGAAGCCUGCAAAUAA